AUGGAGACCAGAGUACGUUCCAGUAUGAUACAAUUUGUUACCCUUUUGAAGUUUAUGGAAGAACAUGGUGACAUAACUAGGCUCCGUGGUGGACCUCAAACCAGACGUAAAGCCAAACGUUUGUGGCGGGAACUAGCUCUGACAUUGAACGCAGUUGAUAAUGUUAGACAGAAGAGCCCGGAUAAAUGGAAAAAGGUCUGGACCGAUUGGAAAUCGAAAACGAAGAGGAAAGCACGCUCCUUACGGCAAGCCAAUGCUGAUAGUAGACCGACUGGAGAGUUGAUGCUCACGCCAUUGGAGAGGAGGAUACUGGCGGUGCCCUCACCCUGGGAGGUCAAACAGGAGACCGAGGAGGUAUUAAAUGAGGAGCUUGAGGAGCAGGAGGAUAAUAGUCCACAAAAUUCGGUGAAUGCAAAACAGUCUGAUGAAGAACUGUCAGCUUCCGAAGAAGCAGCAUCAGAUAUGGACCAAACAGAAUCACCAACAGAUGUAAAACCACCCACACACGGCCGAUCGACAACAAAACCGACAAGAACCCCGUACAAUAUGAGAUCUCGCCUAAAAUCAGAUCCGUCCACAAGAUCACCUGGAAAAUCAAAUACAGGUCUAGAAAAAGUACUGAAUCAAUUUGCUUCUAUAGAGUUGAGGCGUCUACAAGCCGAGGAGGAGAGAGAUAGACUGCAACAUGAGAGGGAGACCCGAUGGAUCGAAGUGGAGAGUGAGAGGAAUGACCUAUUGAGAUCUCUUGUGAAUAUCGCGAGAUCCUGGUUAGAUUUUUACACGGAUCCCUUAAAAAAUGGGAGUUCCUCUCAAGAAACAUGA